AUGACUGCCUCCACCUUCGGCGCAAGCGCAUCAGGCGCCUUCUCCAUCUCGCCCAAAGAACGCGACCCCUACGAGUACCAGGCCGGCUUCGGGAACCGUUUUGCCUCCGAGGCGAUUCCCGGCGUGCUCCCCUAUGGGCAGAACAUGCCGCAGAAGAUGAAGUACGACCUCUACACUGAAGGGAUUAACGGCACCCCUUUCGUCACUCCGCGGAGGGACAACCAAUCUACAUGGAUUUACCGCAUCCGCCCUUCGGUCGCGCACCAAGGCUUCUCUCCUCUACCCGACAACCCGGACACCGAGUCGUGCUUCUUUCCGCUCAACCCCAAGGUCCACUUCAGCCCGACCCAGCUGGCAUGGCACCCGUUCGACAUUCCCUCAGACAACACGAAGGUGGACUUCGUUUCUGGGUUGAAGACACUUGCUGGGAACGGCGACCCCACUCUGCGCGAGGGUCUCGCCGUGCAUAUCUACGCCGCGAACCAGUCGAUGGGCAACAGCGCGUUCUGCAACAACGACGGCGACUUCCUCAUCCUCGCGCAGCAGGGGCGUCUGGAUAUCCAGACCGAGUUCGGAAAGUUGAUGGUGCGGCCCGGGGAGCUCGUCGUUAUCCAGCGCGGUAUCAAGUACAAGAUCGGCCUUCCUGACGGUCCUUCCCGCGGUUACAUUCUCGAGAUCUUCGGCUCCCACUUCGAGCUUCCGGACCUGGGCCCGCUCGGCAGUCACGGUCUUGCCAACACGCGUGACUUCGAGAGUCCUGUCGCGAGUUUCGACCUCGACCAGUCGCCCUGGGACAUCACCUACAAGGUCGGCGGGAAGUUCUUCGCGUGUCACCAGGAGCACACUCCGUUCGACGUCGUGGCAUGGGCGGGCAACUACGUGCCUUACAAGUACGCUAUGGAGAAGUUCUCGCAUGUCGGCAGCAUCAACAAGGACCACAUCGACCCCUCUAUCUUCACCGUUCUCACCGCGCCGUCGAAGACGCCCGGGGCGCCGCUCGCGGACUUCGCUAUCUUCAGCGAGCGCUGGGACGUCGCCUCGAACACCUUCCGCCCGCCCUACUAUCACAGGAACUGCGCGAGCGAGAUGAUGGGUCUCAUCUACGGUGGGUACAGCGGGCGCAGCGAUGGGUUCACGCCCGGCGCGUUCAGCUACGAGAACGGGUUCUGCCCACAUGGCGUCUCCUACGACGAGUUCAAGAAGGCGACCGAAGCGGAGCUGGUGCCCCAGAAGAUCCACGUCGGCACCCUCGCAUUUAUGUUCGAGUCGAGCAUGCAGAUCCUGCUGACAGACUACGCGAUGAAGAGGAGCGGGAAGCUGCACGAGCACGAGCCGAAGAUGUGGGACAACCUGAAGGGCCAGUUCAUCAACCACCUCGACGAGGUCAACGCGGACCUGAAGGCGGCGGGCCGCCCGCCUCUGGGCAGCAAGGCAUGA